UCACUUUACUUACCCUAUUUUAUUUCAUACAAAUCAAAUAAAACAAAAUUUUUUGUAAUUAGUUUUCCUACAAAAUUCUAAAAAAGAGUUUGUGUCUCAAGAAAGAAAAUUAAAUAAAUAAAACAAGAUUAUUUACGUAAUAAAAUAUAGCAAUUUCAUCGAUUUGUAGCUGUUUACCCUUUGCCUCUUGCAAUUUUGACUUGAGGGCAUUAAGAACCGAUUCCGCGGCUAUCUGUGGAUUAUCCUACAAAAUAAAAACAAGCAAAAAAGAAAAUUAAAUUUUUAAACUUUAUCAAUCCGGAAGUGAAUAAAUAAGCAAAAAGAACAAAUGUCGGACGUAAUUUGUCACAAAUGCAACGAGGCCAUCUCCCAAAGGAUUGUCACCGCCUUAGGCAAAUCCUGGCAUCCAGAACAUUUUGCCUGUCGGGAGUGUGGCAAACCAAUUGCUGAGUCAACUUUCAACAUUCAUGAAGAUGAACCGGUGUGCAGUGAAUGCUUUGUCGAAAAAUAUUCAGGAACAUGUUUUUCAUGUAAGCGACCAAUUACAGAGAAAACAAUUAAAGCCCUCGGCAACACAUGGCACGAAGAAUGCUUUGUUUGCAAUGGUCCAUGCAAAAAUAGUCUUGUAGGCACAUCAUUUUAUGAACGUGAUGGCAGAGCCUAUUGCAAAUCCGACUACGAACAACUUUUUGCAGCCAAAUGUGCUGGUUGUUCAAAAUCAAUUAUCGAUAAUGCGAUAAUUGCUUUGAAUGUUAAAUGGCAUAAGGAUUGUUUCAAAUGCAUGAAAUGUGAAAACCCGAUCUCUGCAAGCACUUUUGCUGUUGAAGACAAUAAACCCGUUUGCACAUCGUGCUCAGCUUAAAAUCAAUUAUGAAAUACAUUCCAAAGAACUUUAUAUUCAACAACAAUUUUAUUAUGCGAACAAACUAAUAUUUUUUUGUUUUGUUAUUUUUUUUUGUUUCUUUUUAUAAUAAUGCAUUUCACUAUCGAAAAUCUUGUUUCAAAAUUUAUUCAGUUAUAAGUUUUGCUUUUAUUAAUUUCUUAUUAUUUUGAGAAAUUUAUUGUAUAAAAGAACUAACCAUUCCAUUAAAUAUUCGAAUUAUAUUAUUAUUAUGAGUAUAAAAACUAUUUAAUUGCUUAAAAAAAUGUUGUUAUAUGCUUUUGCACUUAAUUUUCAAACUUAUAUGAUGUGUAAAACACUAUUGCACCGCAACUUUGAAAUUGAAAUCUUUUUUGUUUAACUAUUCCGAUUGUAUUCAAAAACAACAACACAAAAAAAAACAAAUAGCUCUGUAAUUAUUUUUAAAAUAUAUUCAUAAAUAAAAACAUAUAUUUAUAUGGCAAAAACAA